AUGCAAUUUGUUUCUGUAAGUAAAACUCUAAUUUUUUCUGUUUCAAUCUGUUUGAUUUUAGGCAACAUCGCUAAAUUUGAGAAGAAGAAUUGAAGAAGUCAGACUAUUUAUCAACGAGCGGUGAGAAUUGGGUUUCUAGUUAUUUCAAACGGGGCUAUAUUAUGUGUGCAAAAAAAAUGAAAACGCAAAAAACCAAAAAUUCAAAAAAUAAAAUGACCGUAGUUCUCUUCUCCCCCUUUGUCGUCGCGACGAGACACACAUAUUCAAAAAAUCGAUGUGCCUUUAAUCUAUAUCGCAAAAAGGGCUUUUACGGGUCAAAAUGUGAAAUUUAAACUUGAAAAACACGAGGAAAGGGAGUUAGAACAGAUUCAAAGAUGAAUUCACUUUAUUUUUGCAAUUUUGAAGAGGAAAAUGGGUUUUUCUUCUAUAAAGCACUUAAAAAUCUCUUUUCAUAGUAUUUCCUGCUUCAAAUAGAGUUAAACCAUCUUCAUUCUUCGUUUUAUUAUCAAUUUGGUUGAUUUCUGCCUUUUUUUCAUGUAGAAACAUCGAAAACCUCGAAAAUCCGGAGAAAAAUAAAAAACAUCGUAGUUUUUGAAAGGCGCAACACCUAAAACACACAAAUGGUCUCGUCGCGACGAGGGAAGAAGAACUACGGUGCAUAUUUUUUUCAAAAUAAUUAUUUUUUUGCGUUUUCAUUUUUUUUGCACAGACUAGUAUACUCUUCGUGAAGUGUAGUUGGAGAGAAUCUCAGGGUUCCCAACUGUUAUACUUUAAAUGUGAUCUAUUCUCAAAGUCAGAGUUAGAGGGGGGGGUUCCCGUUUUUAAGAAAACAAUCCCCUGAAGUUAGAAUAAGCGUGUUAGAUGUUCUAAAAAUUGCAGCGCUCAAACCCUCAAAAAAAGAAAAAAAUAAAUAAAAAUUCACGAAUACUUCUACCGUACUCCUCAUCAAAGGUGCACACAAUUUUUCUCCCGUGUCUCGCAAUGCGCGUUGAUUUUUCAAAAAAACGAAGCGGUGUUUGCACAUUAUUGAUGGAAACAUUUAAUGUGACGCCAAAUUUUCAGUGAUUUCGUGUUUUAUAAGGGGAGGAUAAUACCACCACUGGAAAGCCGACAACUUUUAGAACCGUAUAGAGAGAUAAAGAGGUCAAAAAAAUGUUUCAGUUACGGCGAUUAUGAUUUAUCUACAUGGAUUGGCCUCAGCAAUUCAAUGUUGCUUUAUGUUAGCGAGUUUGAUGCAUUGCUUCGACAAGAUCAAGGUAUGCGCGAAACCUCUUCAUUUUUUGUGUAAGACGACAAAAUGUUAUUUGCUCAAAAGAGAGCGGCUCCCCCCUCUUUGAGUAGUAAAAGCCCCAGGGUUUUUUCUCGAAACGCCCGAAACGAUCAACGAGCGUUUCCAGAAAAAAUCCCUGAGGUUUUACUACUUUUGGGGAGCCUUUAACUUUGUUUUUUUUGUGGUCUUACACCCCCCUUUUUUUUAAUAACAAUUAUUUUUUUAGUGAGAAUACAUCGAGACCGAACACAUUUAACGCCUGAAGUGUAUCAGGUACGUUUCCUAUUUUUUUUAGCCCUUAAGCUCUCUCUCUCUCUCAAUUUUUUUCCACAUCAAUUGUCUGAAAUAGGUUAUUUACUUAUGUGAUAACAUCCCCUAACUCAGAUUGAGCUUCUGCUUCGAUCAAAGCUAAGUUAGAAUAUCUCUGGAUUGUAUUCAGGGCGUGUCGAAAAAUGCGAUCAUUUCGCGACUGAAUCGACAAGUACGAUCUGCUGCCACUUUGGCCGAUCUAAUUUUCACGGGUAUGUGUUUCUCGGGGGGUAAGAUGGCCAAAUAUUUGUUACUAUGAUUUUGUUUUACAGGUGUCGACGGAAAUCCAGCAGAAUUAGCAUUACUAUCAAGAAUGGAACUCGCAAUAGAGGAACUUUAUCAAAUUGUCUACGCAGUGGAUGUUGCUCUCCGGGAGAAAAAGCGUCAACUAACUAACAAAAUGUCUCAACUUUCACUUUCCGAUUCCGCCAUUUAA